CAGGCGUCCGGCGGGCCGGGGGCGGGGACGUGGGUGCCCCGGGAGCCGGCCCGCCCCCAGCCUUGGCGACGACUCGGCCCAGCGCACCCGCCACGUCCGGAGCGGAGCGGCGACGCCCCCGGCCCGGCCCCUGCCAGAGUCCGGGCGCUCCCAGGAAGCUGGGGAGUGCGGGGGCCUGGCGAGGGGCGGUGACACCGGCGCGGGGAGUCAGCCAGUGACGGAGGGAGACCGGGGCCGCGGGGAGGGGCGGCGGCAGGGCCCCGGGGUCCGGGCUGGCUGCGCGCGGGCAGAGUUAGCGGGGCGAGAAGGAGACGGACGGCGCGACGGGAGUGGCGGGGAACAGAUAAGGGGAGAACUAGAGUCGGAGACGGGCAGACGGGGACACGGGCGGCAGAGCUGGGCCGGAGCCUCUGCGCGGGGCGACAGGCAGGGAGCAGAGGCAGGGAGGGCCAGGCUCGGGCGUCGACGCGCGCGGGUCGUGUGUGCGGGUCUUGCAGGUGCCUGCUCAGCGCCUCUGUCCUCAGCCCUAGCUCCUGGAGUAGCCCAGUCUAGGAAAACGGGUUCCCGGCUGAGAAACACCCCAGCCUCAAGAGGACAGAGCAGAGCCAGAGCGGGGGCACCACGGCUCACCCGCCCCUGUUCCCUGGCCCCUUGCUGCACACAGCAGCUCACUAGGGGGUUCACUUCGGAUCCUGCACGAGUGGGCCCCAGGCCUGCACGAAGGAAACUGGUGACCUGCGCUCACGGGGACCCCUCUGCAAGCUGCAGUGGAAAGGGGGAGGGGGCACACAGCGGGACCCUCGUCCCCCGGCCCCAGCUGCACUCGCUGGCACCUAGUGACAGUGGAGAAUGGCCCAGGCAUCAGGGGGGCAGCUCCCCAGCCUCUUUGUGCCACCUGGUGGUGAGCGGGAAGAAACUCAAGAGCAAGUAAUGAAAAAGGGGAAGGAACCUGUCAGAGCUGCAAGCAUGGCCGCCACCUUGGAGGAGGAGCCGGUGCCCCCUACACAGACCCUGGCGAUCUGCCUUUGGGGAACAGCUCUCUCUCUCUCUUUCUCUCUCUCUCUCUCUCUCUCUCACACACACACACACACACACACACACGCUCACGCAGAUCUGCCCUGGUGCCUGGUCCCCUCCCAGGAGCCUCUGCCCCGCCCUCUCUGGGCAGAGUUGAGUCACCUCCUGGGCAGCAAAUGUGGGGACAUGCCAGUCGCUAGGACGGUUCCAGCUCCGGCCUCACAUGCUUGCCACGCUUGCCAGGUACCAUGGCAGAAGAAGGGAGCGUCCUCAAGGUGACCAGGGACCUGAAAGCUGCCGUCUCUGCCAUCCUCCAGGCCUACGGGGACAGCCAGGGGCCCGUGACCGAUGCCAGUGCUGAGCUGCACAGACUCUGCGGCUGCCUGGAGCUGCUGCUACAGUUUGACCAGAAAGAGCAGAAGAGCUUCCUGGGGCCUCGCAAGGACUACUGGGACUUCCUCUGCACUGCCCUGCGGCGGCAGCGAGGUGACACGGAGGCGGUUUGCUUCGUUGGCUCACAGAACAAGUUGAAGAGCUCACUGGGAAAAGGCCGUGCCUUCAUCCGCUUCUGCCUGGCCCACGGACAGCUGGCCGAGUCCCUGCAGCUCUGCCUCCUGAGCCCAGAACUCACCAGGGAAUGGUAUGGCCCUCGGAGCCCUCUGCUGUGCCCUGAACUCCAGGAAAACAUCCUGGACUCUCUCUAUGCUCUCAACGGGGUGACCUUCGACUUGGACCUGCAGCGGCCGGACCUGGAUGGGGCCUGGCCCAUGUUCUCAGAAUCACGCUGCUCCGAUUCCCAUCGGACCCAGGGAAGAAGACCCAGGAAAGCCAAGAAUUCGCACAAAGAGAUCCCAGACACGCCUGGAGACCCCAAAGGAGUCCCACUGGAGGAGCCACACUCCAGUCACACCAGCUGUCUGAGAAAUGCCACCAGGGAUGCCCCAUUGGCUGGACCCUUGAGACCCCAACAACAUGGGCAUCUUUCCCCCUUUUUGGAAAAGAGAGAAGAUGCCAGCAGCCUCGGCUGCCCCCACAGCACGUGGGAGCCAGAGGGAGAGGAACUUCGGCCAGAGCAGGGGGAGGGAGCCCCAAGGACAGGGGUCUCCCUGGAGACGUCAGCAGCCAGCAGCCAGGGACAGGCUGAGGGUAGAGGGGUUCUGCCAGGUGCGGAGGGUCAGAAAGCCACACAGGGGACUCGGGAAGCAACAUCAGAGAGCAGGCAGAAGUGGGGAGGGCCUGGUGUUGUCAGGGAGACCCUGGGAACAGAGGAAGACCCCACCACGGAGAAGCAGCCAGAGCAAACAGGAGUGACCAGUGUGGCCCGGAGGGAGGAGCAAGCAGACAAGUCCCUGCAGGCUGUGGUCAAGAGCCUCAGACAUGGACUCCAACAGGCCCAGGAGCAGGCCCGGUGCCAGGAGCAGCUGCUAAAGGAGCGGGAGGGGGAGCUGCGGGCACUUCGGGAGCAGCUGCACAGAGAAAAGGACCUCCUGUGGCAGAAGCUCCAGCACCUGUCAGCGGUGGCCCCAGGAUGCUGUGUGGGCUGCAGCAAGAUCUUUGGCCGCCUGUCUCGGCGGUACCCGUGCAGGCUCUGUGGAGGCCUGGUUUGCCACGCCUGCUCCGCGGAUUACAGGAGGAGAGAGCGCUGCUGCCCACUCUGUGCCCAGGGAGCGGAAGCCCAAGUCCCCUGACCCAGGCCAGCCAGGCCUGGCCCUCGACCCCACUGCCCAGCCCACCUGGCCACUCCCUGCCGCGGCUCUUCCCAGCCCUCUGACGUGGCCAGCCCUGCCUUCUGGAAGCUGUCAUGCUCAGGCAGCCCUUCCACAGACAGACGACAGCCUGCGAUAGGGGAAGCCAGGCCGGCUGCUCGGAGACGGUGAGCCAGGGACCUGGGCAGGGCAGGGCCCUCAGCCCUCAGGGCUCCAUCCCUAAGGUCCCUUUGGGCUCAGCAAACCCAUGCGUGGGAGUAGGACCCAGGGCAGCCCUGACAUCACCCAGCAACUCACCCUGCUUCCCCACACCGCGGAGCCCAUUCAUAAGCGCUCAGGAAAGCCCCAAGUCUGCACGACCCUGGGCUCUUCCGUAGCUGCCUGUCUGGAAUCCGCUGCAGGGGCUGUGUUGUGUUGUCGUGUGUUGCGUUGCGUUGCGUUAUGUUUUCAACGGCUUUAUUGCAGUUUGGCUGACGUACAAUAAACCUCACUUCAAUCUUUCGGUUGGCUGAGCUUUAACUCUUCAAUGGGCC